CACAAAAGCUUCCCCUCUCUUUCUCCGUUUCUCUUGCUGCUUAGCUCAUCAGCCGCUCAGGCCGGCCGGCUCGAAUAAUCCUUCCCUCCUCCAUAGGACCAAAGCUCCCACCUUUCCCCUCGAUUCCGAACGCCCGCUGGAUUCCGCGCAGGAACCACAUCGCUGAUCCCGCUCGUCCAGAUUUCAGCUGCUCCGUGCGCAGCCGAUUGGGGACUUCUUUCACUGAAAAUUCUUUUGGGGUCAUUAUCUGAACUACUAGCAUGGGGGCUGUACUUGGACGCCAGGACACCCAAAAGCGGAGUUUCCAUGGUUCAAAGCUGGAGGCAAAGAUGGUGGAUGCCAUGCAGCAGAGAGCGUCACAUGGAACUUCACUGAAAUCGUUCGAUGGUAUUGUCAUGAAGUUUCCCAGAAUCGAUGAGAGUUUUAGAAAAUGCAAGACUAUCUUCGAGCAAUUUGAUGAAGAUUCCAAUGGUGAAAUAGAUAAAGAAGAACUGAAGCAUUGUUUUCAAAAGCUGGAAAUCUCAUUCACAGAGGAGGAGAUAUCUGACCUCUUUGAAGCUUGUGAUAUAAAUGAAGAUAUGGGCAUGAAGUUCAAUGAGUUCAUUGUCUUUCUGUGCCUUGUUUAUCUUCUCAAUGAACCAGCUGUCUCAGAAGCAAAGAUAAAGAUGGGACUAGGAAAUCUUGAGGCAACUUUUGAGACCUUGGUUGAUGCAUUUGUCUUCCUGGAUAAGAACAAAGAUGGGUACGUGAGCAAGGAUGAGAUGAUCCAAGCAAUAACUGAGACCACAACAGGAGAGCGCUCAUCUGGACGUAUAGCCAUGAAAAGAUUUGAGGAAAUGGAUUGGGACAAGAAUGGCAUGGUGACCUUCAAGGAAUUUCUGUUUGCAUUCACUCGCUGGGUAGGGAUUGAUGAAAAUGAGGACGACGAUGAAUGAGGAUUGCAAAGGGUGGUAAUUCGUCAAGUGUUAGGACCAGAUCAGCCCUAAAGAGGCUGGAAAUGAAUGACAGAUAAAAGUAGUUGAUGUCCAUUGGUUGCUUGUUGAUCAUGGUGGUCAUGUUAUUGUUAAUAGAAUGUCUCAUCAUAUUCCUAGUAGGAUGGUUCGCAUGUCUGAGCACCGAUAUCAAUGGUACAGUUGCUAUCUGUUCCUUAUUACAGUUUACAGGUACUAGUAGGUAAAAGAAAAAGAAAACUCUUAUGUCAGUCUCUUGUUUACAGAACUUAAUGCAGGAAACUGAAUUGUUCUA